CACGUGACCGAAUGAGGAAGAAGAGUUUGUUGUAGUGGCCGCAGGUUCAGUAUGUGCACGAUGUGUGUACCUGCGGUGUCCGCCGUGCUCGGGGCUCUGUGUGUGUGGGCCAUGAUGGACGCGGUGUGUCCGCUGAGCGGCGGCUUGCUCUUCCCCCGGGAGUCCUCCUCCAGAGAGCUGAAGGAGCUGAGCGGCCGCUGGGACUUCAGGGCGGACAUGUCCCCCAACAGGAACCAGGGCUUCGACAGGGCAUGGUACCAGAGCCGCCUGGCAGAGACUGGCCCAGUGAUUGACAUGCCGGUUCCUGCCAGCUACAAUGACAUCACCCAGGACCCCGCACUAAGAGAUUUCAUUGGCUGGGUGUGGUACGAGCGAGAGGUGGUGGUGCCUGCCCGCUGGGUCGCAGAUGAGGGAACCAGAGUGGUUCUCAGAGUGGGAAGUGCUCACUAUUAUUCAGUGGUGUGGGUGAACGGGGUGAAAGUGACAGAGCAUAAAGGUGGCCAUCUUCCUUUUGAGGCUGAUAUAGGCAGUGUAAUCCGCAAGGACCCUACUUCGCCAUGCAGGAUCACCAUCGCUGUCAACAACACCCUGACUCUGGAUACGCUUCCUCCAGGAAACAUCCAGCACAUGGAUGACCGCACCAAGUAUCCUAAAGGUUUUUUUGUGCAAAACAUCUACUUUGAUUUCUUCAACUAUGCUGGGCUACAUCGUCCUGUGUUGCUGUACACUACUCCUAAAGCGUAUGUGGAUGACAUCACUGUGGUGACUGACUUCUUGGAUAACACUGGUCUGGUCAAAUACGCAGUAUCAGUCCAAGGUGCUACUUCAGCCACCCUGAAGGUCACUCUGCUGGACAAAGACAGACAGUCUGUGGCCUCCUCCAGUGAACCAUCUGGAGUGCUCAAAGUAGUGGAUGUCAAUCUGUGGUGGCCGUUUUUGAUGCAUGAGAGUCCAGGUUAUCUUUACACUUUGGAGGUUCAGUUAAUGGCAGCCGAUGAGAGAUCAACUUAUGAAGAUGUGUACUCUCUACCAGUCGGCAUCCGCACUGUUAACGUGACCAGCACCAAGUUCCUCAUCAACAACAAGCCCUUCUACUUCCAUGGAGUCAAUAAACAUGAGGAUUCUGACAUUCGAGGUAAAGGCUUGGAUUGGCCCCUGAUUAUCAAGGACUUUAACUUACUGAAGUGGUUGGGGGCCAACUCGUUCCGCACCAGCCACUACCCGUACGCUGAGGAGAUCCUGCAGAUGUGUGAUCGUCACGGCAUCGUAGUGAUCGAUGAGUGUCCGGGAGUGGGCAUCAAAGACAUUCGUAGUUUUAGAAACGCCUCCCUCAACCAUCACCUGGUCGUCAUGGAUGAGCUUGUACGUCGGGACAAGAACCAUCCUUCUGUAGUCAUGUGGUCAGUGGCCAACGAGCCCGCUUCGGAGAUGCCACCUGCUGAAUUUUAUUUCAAAACCUUGAUAAAACACACCAAAGCUCUGGACCCUACCCGGCCUGUCACUUACAUCACAGAUAGUAACUAUGCUAGGGACAAAGGGGCUCCCUAUGUGGAUGUGAUCUGUGUGAACAGUUACUUCUCCUGGUACCAUGAUCCAGGCCACCUGGAGGUCAUCUCCAUCCAGCUCAACACUCAGUUUGAGAACUGGUAUGGAAAGUACCAGAAACCCAUCAUUCAGAGCGAAUAUGGGGCAGAUGCAGUGCCAGGGCUUCACAGUGACCCACCCAUGAUGUUUACUGAGGAGUACCAGAAGGUUGUCCUGCAGAACUACCACGACGUGUUUGACCAGAAGAGGAGGCAGUAUGUUGUCGGUGAACUUAUCUGGAACUUUGCUGAUUUCAUGACUGCACAAGGAAUCACCCGUGUGGUGGGGAACAAGAAGGGUGUUUUCACCAGGCAGAGGCAACCCAAAGCAGCAGCGUUCAUCCUGAGACAGAGGUACUGGAGCCUGGCUAACGAAACAGGCAGACUACCACCCUGGGCCAAGUACCCCUGCUCGCUCUGAUACCUGCACCCGGACCAGGACAGGCUCGAUACCACGUGAGCACUACACUUUGUGGGAAGUUGCUGGUGAAAUUCAUGUCUCUUGAGGAAAUUUACUGAAACACGUCCUUUGAAAUCAUCUCAGUGUGUGAAAAGUCAGACCACCAUGAAACACAAUUCAGCUAUGCUAUUUCUGUGGUGUGCAUUUAUGAACAAACAACACUAUUCAGAGGUUUUCCAGCAAACUGAAACAUGUUUCUGAACAUGUUUCAAACAAUCUUUGAUGCUGAUUAAAACUUCUAGGGCUGAAUAGUUGAAUAGCUGAAUAAUAUUUUCCAAUAAUGUUUAUAAUUGUGAUACUGUUUCUUUAGGAUAGACCUAAUGUGAGUUAAGAAUGGAUGAAAUGAAUGAAACUCAUUCAGUUGUUACAGGACGUUCUGAUAUAGAUUUGUGACGUGGUGCGUCUCAGUUGCUGCCAUAAAAAGGUGAUGUGAAAAACCAAUGAAAAUCAUCAGUGACAGAAUCUGACCUUUCCUCCAGUCAGAUGAUAGAGAACACCAGACAAAUGACAUAACACCACGAAGCCACUGUAAAGGAAAAUUGUCGCCAAACUAGUUCCUGUCAUUUCUCUAGUUUGAUACAUUCUUUCAAUGUGAAUUACAAUGCUGAAUGUAAUCCCAAUGAAGUGCUUUAUUUUUUUAUAUGAAUCUAGAUAUUAAAGACAAAAUGAGAUCUA